CCGAUUUUGAAACACGUGCUAAUCGUCAAAUACUUCAAUUUAAUAUUGAAGAAUUUAAUGAUAUGUGGUUAGAUAUAUUAAAAAGAGAUUUAGCCACAUCUGAUUUAAUUGAAAAAGCAAAAAAGAUAUCUCAAAAUAUUGAUACAACAUAUCUUAUAUUAUCAGAA